AUGUCUGGUCGCGACUACUUCGACGGCGACGGUACCCCGGAUAGCCCGAUGGUUGUCCCUUCUGACGAGAGCACCGGCGAUGGCGAGAACUCUCCUCAGCCGCGCAACAACGAUAGGGAGGUCGCUCAGGACGGUGACUACCACGAGGAUGAGCAGGCUACCUCAAAUGCUGGCACCGACGAGCAAGACACUGCCGCGACGGACACCCAGCCUGUUGCUUCUGCUCCCCGUACACUUCUUCCGGCCGUCUGCAUCCUGCCUGCUCCAGCACCCACUGCCAUCCCAACAGCUGCUCAGGCCCAGGACGUCCCCAUCCUGCCUGCUCCAGCGCCCAGCGCCAACCCGACAGCCAACCCGGCCAGUAACGGUUCUGGUCCUGCUCCCGCAGACAUUCCCGGUUUUGACCCUACAACCGUUACAGCUGGCUUGCCGACCCACAUGAGGAGCAUCGGGAACAUCGUGCCGCCUGGUGUCAACCAGGCUCUGAAGUGCAACCGCGAGACGCUCGUUCCACACGCCUCUAACCCGACCAAAAUCACUGCAAAGUUCCGCGUAGAGGUCCCUGGUCGUACGGGCGAGUACUACGAGCAGACGGACGCUAUCCCGGUGAGGGACGAGAGUGUAGUCUCUUCCAGAGACCCGAAGUACUACUUCAUCCCCGACCUGACGGUGUCCAAACUCCAGAAGAAGAUCCGGGAGAACAAGAAGAACGCGCAAGCUCCCAACCAAUGGAUUCGUCAAGGUACGUCGUACACCUGGGUCCGCAAGGAUCCGAAGGGAGGUCCAGACCAGGUGUUCGACCUCACGAUCAUGUUCCGGCGCCUCAAUGCAACCACGCACAAGUAUGAGGAGAUGUACCUCAACUUGAAGAUGCUGAUCAACCCUGAUCCCAACACCAAGACGUGGAUGUACGCGUACAACAAGUGGAUCGAUCAGAUUCGACGUCGCCGUGACGCCAUGUACAAUCAGGUCCACCACAAAGACCACUGGUCGGUUGCGGAGCGUCGUGCGCUAUGUGAGGCCAUCAACGCCUACAUCCGAAAGUCUGGCCUGGUGCGCUUCGGGUCCGGUGCUACGGUCCAGAUCCCACAGGCGGACAUGCAAGACAUGGCCGACGCCGUCAACAAGGUAGGCACAUAUAAGCGCAAACCCGACGCGGUUCGAGGCCAGAUCUUCUCCUCGCACGUCAAGAAGAACAAGGCCAUCUUCGACUUGGUGAACCUAGCGAAAGACAUCCGAGAACGCGUGGCAUCGGGCGAGAUACUACCUCGGGAUAUGCGCUACCCAACAGAGGCAAUUCCACGCCACGCCUUUCCCAAGGACCUGACGCCUCUGAAGAGGCGUGGCGCUAGUGACAAGGACGCGGAUGCUAGGAAGCGCGGCGCUGACCUCAUGGACGAUGGGAGGUCAGACCACUCCGACGCUCCAGCAGACGACGUGCCCCUGCCAGGUUGCAUGCAGGACUUCUUGAACGGCAACCCAGCCACCGGCAUACGCCCCUCGAAGAAGGUCAAGUUCAUGACCGAAUCUGGCGAUGAGCUUCCGGACGACGAACAGUGGGCGGAGACGGAUGAAGAGAUCUUGUCGGAGGGCGCCGAGCGAGCUCGCAGUGAGGUAGCUUUGGAGUCUGUCUCGGGCGCAUAUGACUCGGUAGAGGAGGCUAGCGAUGACGAGGACGUUGAGGAGCGUGAGCACCAGGAUGCGAACGACAUGCGGUCGGCUAUUCACAACUCUUACAAUCGUCGGGCCGUGCCGUCCUCAGUGGGCAUCCAGAUUCCUGGAGAAGAAGACAGCGACGACUCGGACAGCGACUCAGAAGAUGAUGAGCCUACCUCUGCUGCUGCUUCCUCGGGCAAGACAGCAAAGGGUCGGCAGCGCGCUCAGGCUGCUGCUGGGCCGGCUACCCCUUCGCCGCCACAGAAACGCAGGUACUCCCGGGAUGAUGAGAAUGACGCCAGCGAGGGCGACGACGAGUCAGAUAUGGGCACUCCUCAGGGUCGGUCUAUCAAGAAGGCGCGCACAAAGCCCAGCAAGUAG